UUCUACACAGAGAAGCAGGCUGCGCUCGCUCCUGGUCGUGGUUUAAACACGCACUCUGUGAACGUUUGGAAGUAACUUUUGUUCUGCAGAGAGGAGUUUUACACCGUCUUACGCUCACAUCUGGCAUAAACGGUCACGGACAGCGAGAACCAUGUCGGCCUCAUCGGCAAAAGUCAGUAGGAAGGAGAAUUCGAACCACGACGGAGCGGACGAGACCUCCGAAAAAGAGCAACAGGAAGCGAUAGAGCAUAUCGACGAGGUACAGAAUGAAAUCGACAGACUGAACGAACAGGCUAGUGAAGAAAUAUUAAAAGUAGAGCAGAAGUACAACAAAUUACGUCAGCCAUUCUUUCAGAAGCGGUCAGAGCUCAUAGCCAAAAUCCCCAACUUCUGGGUCACAACGUUCGUCAACCAUCCACAAGUUUCAGCUCUCCUGGGCGAAGAGGACGAGGAGGCACUUCACUACCUGUCCAGGGUGGAGGUGACCGAGUUCGAGGACAUCAAGUCGGGAUAUAGAAUAGAUUUUUAUUUUGAUGAGAACCCGUAUUUCGAGAACAAAGCCCUCUCCAAAGAGUUCAACGUAAACGAGAGCGGAGACCCCGUUUCCAAGUCCACUGAAAUCAAAUGGAAGGCUGGAAAGGAUCUGACCAAGCGCACUGGUCAGACACCAAACAAAGCCGGGAAGAAGCGGCAGCACGAGGAGCCCGAGAGCUUCUUCACCUGGUUCACCGACCAUUCGGACGCCGGCGCCGACGAGCUGGGAGAGGUGAUCAAGGACGACAUCUGGCCCAACCCGCUGCAGUACUACCUGGUCCCCGACAUGGAGGACGAGGAAGGAGACGACGACGAUGACGACGACGAAGAGGAGGGCCUGGAAGACAUUGAUGAAGGGGAGGAAGAGGAGGGUGAAGACGAUGACGAGGAUGGUGAUGGGGAAGAUGGAGAGGACGACGGAGAUGACGACUGAACGGCUCCUGACUACACUUCCCACUCCUCCCCGAUCAUCCUUCAAACCUCGGGAGCAAAAAUCUUUUUUGUUUUUUUUGGGGGGGUUUUGUAAAAAAAAAAAAAAAAAACAGUUUUAUUUUUUCCCCUGUGUGUCGUCAGCCCGUCCGUCCGUCCUCUUCCUCUGCAGCCGCCGCCGGGCGUGGGAGGGAGGAGGAGGAGGAGGAGGAGGAGGAGGCGGCUCUCUGGAAGUCUCACCCGUCAUUGUUUCUCCACAUCUCCCAAAGACAUGCAAAACAAUUGAAAAAAGAAAAAAAGUUUGUAGCAUUCUGCACGUCAUCUGCGUAGAUUUAAGAUGUACAAUAGCAAUUUGUAUGUACAUUGAAACAUUGAGUACAUUGAGUUUCUGUUGAAGUUGUGAGUUCAAUAAAAACAAGCCAUGGUGCAGUGAUAACUUAAUCAUAGCAUCCUUAGCCACUUUUAUAUAUAUAUCUAUAUAUAUAUAAAUGUAUAUUAUAAUAUAUCCAGUGGUUGGGGGUCCUGAGGCUUACUAGGAGCUGCGUUUUCCUUUGUGACUUCUUGUACUAAUGGAACUGAUUGAAAGCACCAGCUUGUUCCUUUGAACCGUUGUAAAUGUAUCUGGGUGAGCCAGUUGUUGACUGUACAGUGUGGCGGGGGGGUCGGGGCGGGGGGCGGUCAGGCAGCGGGGCUUCGGCACCAACUCUCGGACUCCUGUUAAUUGAACUUGCAUCAGCUUGUUUUUCCAGGCACUCAUGGCUUCGUCUGAACUGUACAUUUGACUUUUUUUUCUUUAUGUUAUUCUUUUUAUACAAAACAAGCCUAAAGAUCUCGGCUUAGCGCUCGGAGGAGGGGAGGAGAAACGUCUCUCUUGUUUCACUGGAAAAUACAUCAAAUUUGAGUGUACCAGUCGCUUUAUUACAAUAAAUCCGUGUUGAUACGAGUAGUUUGAUGACAUUCGGGCAUUCCAGCCAUGUGCUGUUGGUUGAAUUCGACCCUGAGCGCGGCGGCGUGGAGCUGGCGCGCCGCGCCGUGCCGCCUGUAGGUCAGUCCAGGACUCUAGUGGUUUCCUUCCCCAAACACAAAUUCUUCAAUUCCUUAGUGUGUUCUUUCUUUUUUGGAGGUAUUUAGUUGCUUAGACGAGGUAGAAUGUGAGGCGGGCCCUGCGGACGGCCGGGUGGCAGCUUCACUGACGGCUCUGCUCCGGUGAUAUUUAAGAAUCUACUGGCUCUCUAAUGUGACCUUUGUUAAUGAUUACUGUUUAGCUGUGUCCUGUUUGUGAAAUAUCUCCCACUCUGCUGCAGGUGGGUUUUAAAAUAAACCGUUUGGGCUGACUCAGGUUUUAAA